CAGGUGGAAAUAUCCUGCGUGUAUCAUUUUGUCGUUAUCCGAGAUACUAGAGUCAAAAUCACGAGCACCAAAAGAGCUGAGCAUGGCGCAUGAAGACACAAAUAAAUUAACAAGAGAAGAUUUUGAUGCUGGCCCAUGCAGCUUUGAUGAGAUCGAGCCAGGCUUGUACCUGGGUAACCUCACGGCCGCCACAGAUGUUGAUUGGCUAAAGGAAGCUGGAAUAACUCAUAUACUAACAAUAGAUUCGUGUCCAUUGCCAAGAAAGAUCCAGGAGCGUCUCCCAAAUUUAAUCAUAAAGUAUAUACAAGUGACGGAUAUGCCGCGAGAAGAUUUGCUAACGCACUUUGAAGACUCCUAUGAUUUCAUCGAUCGUGCCCUUGACUCUGAUGGCAGGAUACUGGUGCAUUGUUACUUCGGCGUGUCGCGAUCCGCUACCAUGGUGAUCGCAUAUACCAUGAAGAAACACGAGUGGAGUUUCGCGGAUGCGCUCCAAGUGGUGAAGUCAAAGCGUCGCUUUGUCGCGCCAAAUCCCGGUUUCGUGGCGCAGUUACGGCUCUACGAGGAUAUGAGUUACGGCGUCGACAGUACUAAUGUGCAGUUCAAGAUGUACCGGUUGCAGAUCGCCGCCGACAAGGUGCGCAAGGCUCGCAUUCUUCCCCAGAGCUGCGUCGACUUGGUCAAGCCAGAUCCCGCGCUGACAACCGUGCGACCUGAGCCGUCGGUUUAUCGUUGCAAGAAAUGCCGUCGCAUUGUGGCGAGCGCUAGCAACAUUUUGCCUCAUGCGCCGCGUGAGAAGCAGAUCUGGCGGCAUAUCAGUGCCAAAAACGCUUCCAAGGACGGCGAGGGCUGUGACAAAUUAAUCCAGAGGAGAGACGAGUCGGCGCGAGUCGAACUCUGCGACAAGAUUUACUUUGUAGAACCGUUGGCCUGGAUGCCCGAUAUCACACACAACGUUGAAGGUAAAUUAAAUUGUCCUAAAUGUAAUACAAAACUUGGUUCGUACAGCUGGAUCGCCGGCAGUCAAUGUCCCUGCGGUAGUAAGAUUGCACCGGCCUUUUAUCUGGUGCCAUCUAAGCUCGAUUGGAGCAAUGUUGUGCAGAAUGUUCAAGUAACGGUAUAGUAUUAAGGUACGAAAUAAAAAAUAUGUUGGAAACCAAAGCAAUUAACUUUGGAUAAAUUUA